AAGUUUAUUGUACCAUUUGUGCCAAGUACUUUUUUUUCACUGAUGCCGUGUCCACAUUUUCAAGUCCUCCUUUCCGUUCUCUCUUUAGAAAUUAUAUAUUUUGAAGGAAGAUUUUGAAGAAAAGUAAUCGACGUUGGUUUAUAAACAACUUCAAAAUGCAUUUGUUCGUACGUGGUCAAAAUGUCCAUGCUUUGGAAUGCCAAGGAUUUGAGAAUAUUUCACAAAUCAAGAAUAAAUUGGCUGCUUUGGAAGAUAUUGAAGAAAAUUUAAUUUCAUUGUAUAAUCAAGGUCAACCACUUAAUGACAGUCAAAUUGUUGGAGAUUUAAACAACUUCAAUAUUGAUUUAAUUGUUCCAUUGCUAGGAGGCAAAGUUCACGGAUCCCUUGCUCGUGCUGGAAAAGUUAAGGGACAAACUCCAAAAGUUGAAAAAGUUGAAAAGAAAAAGAAGAAGAAAACUGGACGAUCAAAGAGACGCAUUCAGUACAACAGACGUUUUGUUAAUGUUGUUCAGACUUUUGGACGCAGAAGAGGACCAAAUGCCAACUCUUAAAUUGUUUUGCUCUUUAUAUAUUUAAAAUAAAUAAUGUGGUAACAUUUU